AUGCUGUUUGUCUUGUGGAUAUCUCUCGGAUUAAACUUCUUCACGUCUACACCAAGCCAGCCCUGGCUGCCUCCAAACCCAACAGAUAAAUGUUUUGCUGACUCCGAACUUGCCACAAAUCAUACAUUCAUGAAAGAUUAUGGCCAUUUCAUCAAUCUAACGACCUUUUCACAUAACGAUGUAUCCUCGAGGAUUGCAAAGUACCAACAAGAAAUGGAAGUUUUCAAUGCAAUAGAACCUCAAGGCUUCGACAAGCUCUAUUCGGUCUCUUUUCGCUGGUUUGGAGCUAUUGGCGUUCUAAUGACAAUCCUCCUUGGUGCUCUUGUGAGUUAUUUUACAGAUCAUCCUACCGCAGAUGAAGUAGACGUGAGAUAUAUAUUACCUCUUGGUGACCAACUGUUUCCAUAUCUUCCCAAAAAGGCACGCAGAUAUUUGGAUUUCGGAGUCGACUUUAGAAAAAGAAGCAGAUGGCUACAGCAACAAAACGAAGAAAUGUACCUGUCUGAAAUCCUCGAUAUCGAGAUAGACGAACUUAAAGAAAAUAAUACCAAAUGA